AUGUCUCCGGAGAACACUGGAAACCUACUGGAUAAUGUAAUGACAUCGAUUCAUGCCAGUGGAAGCACGCCUGAAGUACUUGAUGUGGGUACGGCCAAUCAACGGUUUAGAACGAGUUUCCCUGGCAACUACAAAGCUGUUGUAGACCCAAGUGCAGGAGUGUUGAUGGCAGAUAAAUGUCUAAAGACGUUACAGAGCCUUUUCCUCAACAACGGCGGCCGGGUGUUGGACGGGUGGCCUGUGACUUCCAUCACCCCGGGCGAAACCGUGGAACUUCGAGGUCCUAAGGGCCGAGUGAAAGCCAAAGCCGCUGUGCUGUGUCCUGGUCCCUGGGCUGGUCCGCUCUUGGGAAGCCUUGGUGUUCAGAUACCUGUCAGAGUAGAGAAGAUUGGCGUCUAUUACUGGAAGGUCCGAGAUCCAAAGACACCAGUGUUUACGUUCAUUGACCUGAGUUGUUCUGACAAUCAUUUCUAUGCACUCCCAGACUUCGAGUACCCCGGAUACAUGAAGUUAUGCUACCAUGCUGGGCUGCGGACUGACCCCGACGAGCGAGAUAAAGUGGACAUGUCGACGGUGCAAAGGCGAACAGAGGGUUAUGUGAAAAAGUUCUUCCCUUGCCUCGAGCCCAAGCCUUCUGUUGUGGAAUCGUGCAUGUAUACAAUUACCCCUGAUAACAACUUUGUGCUGGACAAGCACCCUAAGUAUCAAAAUCUGGUAUUUGGUGCUGGAUUCUCGGGCACUGGAUACAAGAUCGCCCCAGCUUGCGGAGAAGCGCUGGCAAAAAUGGCAAUGGGUUUACAACCUCAGCUCGAUUUCUCUUCAUUCACUCUUGGCAGAUUUUAUAGGAGCAAGAUUUAAAGAAACUCUUGUAAUACUGCAUGUUAAGGGUAUAAUUUUUUAAUGUUUAGAUGUAGAUUGAGUAAAAUGUAGAGGAAGUAAAAAGUUGAAUGUUUAUAUCUGUAAAAUGUACGUCCCAAUUCAUAUAGAUCUCCACUGUUACUACUGGGAAGGGAUCAGUUCAGUUGUUACCGAAUUGAGGGAAAAAAGUAUUGUUUAUUGACUAAAGAUUUCACACCAUAACACGAUUAAGAUGAUAGUAACUUAAUGGAGCUAUUGUUUCUGGUUCUCUUUACGUCCUCACCGAAAUAUCAAGGUGUUUUAUUUCCAUGGGAAAGUCUUUUUGCUUUCGAUAUAAUGGAGUGACCCAGCAUCCGACUGUGAGAAUUAAUAGAAGUGGGGUAUAAUUAUAUAUGCUAUUUCUAAGAAUCAACAUAAAAGUAUGUAUAUAUGCACACACACACACACACACAACAUACACACACACACACACACACACACACACACACACAUAUAUAUCAAACUUGACAAUUGCACUGAGCAGUGUUUACCUUUUACGUUUUGAGAAAGUAGAUUUAUUUAGGUGUAGAUAAUUAUAACAUGUUGAGAAUAUAGAGCUUGCCAAUAGAAAUUUCAAAAGGAACAAACCGAAAUUUAUUUGACACGAAAAGAAUAUUCGCCAUGUUUCAACGCCUUAUCCUACUGCCUCGUGUGUUGUUACUUGUUUUUGUUAUAAGAAAAUUGUUUGUUGGAAGUCUGAGUGUCUUUUCAUUACGGUGCUAUGAAUCCAGCUUCGGUUAUUGAAAAUAAAUGUUUAACAUCAU